CUUGCAGUUCGUAGUGCGCAGGCGCGGGAUACCCAAGAGCUGUGCUUGAGGUCGAGUGGAACAUACCGAAGGCAUAUAUACGCAUAAAUAUAUUUAUAUUAGCGUAGCUGUGCAGAGGUUUUCUGCAUCAGGGAGCCGCCAUGCCGGAAGAUUAUGAUAAGGACGUGUAUCCCGAGCCGCCUCGUCGCACGCCGGUGGUGGACAAGCAGACCAACCUACCGAACCCGGCGCUGAUCCUCACCCAGCUUUUCCACUAUGCUGUGGACGUCCCCGUCACCACCUUCAGGGAUUUUAUGGAACGGAUGCACGACAGGAACAAAUUCUACUACUACCACCAGAAGUUCAGACGUGUUCCCGAGCUGACGGAGUGCCAAAUGGGAGACUUUCUGUGCUACUAUGAGGCGGAAAUGCAGUGGAGGAGAGACCACAAAGUGGACCAGGAGAUCGUGAAGGUGGUCCAGGAGAGGCUCCGUGCCUGUCAGCAGCGUGAAGGCAACAGCUACGAGCAGAACUGCGGCAAAGAGCUGCAGCAGUUUGCCCAGGUGGCCAAGGCGUACCAGAGCCGCUACGGGGAUUUGGGUGCCCAUGGCAGCGCCCGCAAGUGCCUGAUGAAGCAGAAGCACCGGAUGCUGGAGGAGCAGAAAGCAGCGUGAAGCGCCUGCGAGGGCGACAUAGUCUGUAUGGAACUGUACAAUAAACAAGGAGAUGCUACUA